CAUUCUGAUCCAAAUGAAAAUGCAAAGUUCGCAGCGACAAGUUUGAAUAGAAGUGACUUGGCUAAAUUAUUAGAAAAAUUCCGUGAGGGUUUAUUCUUGUAUCAACAGUUCAGCGAUGAGGCUAGAAAAGAGAGAAACCUAAGGAAUGUGACGACUUAUUUGAAAGGCCAUUCGAAAAAGCAACAUAAUGUUCUCAAGCGAAUCCCGGUUCUAUUCAUUGAUGAAGCUCAUAAACUGAGAAAUCUAAUUCACGAUGAUGAGGCAUUGCAUCUAUUAUUUGAUGCCAUGGCGGUUUUCACGGCACAAGAUAAAUUAUGCCAGAUUGUACAUUCCACUUCAGAUGGAUUAUACGAGAGACUUCUGGCGCAAGGUAUGGAAGGAGCUAUAAUAACACGUGCCUUUGCAAUUUUCCCAAACAUUACUAAAACGAAAUUCUUUGGAAUUGUUUAUUCUAACAAGAGAACGUUUGUAAUACCCUAUACAAAAAACCUGAUAAUUGGAGACCUGAAGCGCUCAGAAAUUUCUCAUGCAUUCCGAAAAGACUUAUUGCCAUCGGUACCCAAGGAAAUAUACGAAAAUCUCGCAAAAAUGGAAGAUGAUAUAUAUGAAAUACUUGGCGGCAGAAUUGUGGAUUGGCAGAAUUUCGUACGGGACUAUAAGGUCUCCGACGGGAAUUUAACAAGUAGGGAUC